AUGUCCUCCCAAUCCCCUCCUCCAGUGGGACAAAUGCAACAGUUCCCCGGCGGAGCGCCGGCAAAUGGGAAAUUCACUGGAGCCCAAGCCACCCCUAAUGCAGAUGAUGUUGGAACGUUCAAUGGAGGAAGCUACAGAGUCAGCCAUCGGGACACAAACUCUCUCCUUACUAUUCAAUUGGCUAUAGGAUGCCCCCUCAAGGCGAAACCAGGUGUUAUGAUUGGAAUGUCAGCAACAAUGACACUGCGAGGCAAAUGGGACAUGAAAUUUAAGAAGUGGAUUGCAGGAAGCGAGAUGGCCCAUUCCAUUUACACAGGACCCGGUGAGGUCCUCCUUGCCCCUUCGGGCCUGGGUGAUAUCAUGCCCAUGCACUUCAACAACAACAACGGAGAUUGGUACCUUGGAAAAGAGUCCUUUCUGGCAUCCACAUCCGGCAUUAAGAUGAUGCUGCACAGGCAAAAACUCUCACAAGCUGUCUUUUCUGGUGAAGGCUUGUUUGUGUAUAAGAUAGAAGGACAAGGGCUUGUCUGGGCCCAAAGCUUCGGCGCAAUUAUCAAAAAACAGCUUGUUGAGGAUGAGAAUUACUUUGUUGAUAAUGGCCAUCUAGUCGCGUGGACUAGCAAGGAGUACAGAAUGGAGCGUGCCGCUUCCGGAGGUAUCUUCUCUGCUUUUGGUUCUAAAGAAGGGCUUGUUUGCAGAUUUAUCGGACCGGGAACUGUGUACAUUCAGACCAGAAACUUGAAUGCUUUUGGUGCAGCAAUUGGUGCCAGCACCGCCAGUGGCUGA